ACCCCGUAACCAUCUGGGGACUGGGACUGGGAGCCGGUACCUCCUUCUUUACAAACCCCUGUGGGGGUAGGUUCUGAGCCGGGCCUUCUCGCGUCUCCGCCCCACCCCCGCCGGCCCCUGUCCUAGCUCGCCCCGUCCGCCUUUCUUUCUCCCUUUUUUCUCUCCUUUUCCUCCCUUCCAAGAUGGCCGAAGUGCAUUCCCCUUUUAACGAUUUGGCGUCUCCCUCGACCACCACCUCUUUGUGCCUCAGCCCCCCUAGACCCUGCUCCCGAGGUAGCGAGGGGGAGGGUCCGAGGCAGCCACAAGGGCUUUGGGGCUCCGCGCUGGGGCGGAUCUCUGCCCCACUAGCCCUCCCCACGAGCCAGCUCAGCUCCUGGACCUCUCCCACUACUCCUUUCGGUUUGGGGAGGGGUCGCUCUCGGUUUCUUCGUUGGGCACUGGGGCGUCGUGGACGCGCGAGGACUUGAGGCGGGGAGGAAGGGGACGAGCUUUUCGAUUGCUGCGGGGCCGGGGGAGGGCGCUCUUCCCUGCCGGGACCGGUCGUCUCGGGCACCCCCCCCAGUCGGUCCCUUUCACCCCGCCAUCCCGGGACUGGGCGCCCCGCCCCCUCCCCUCCCCGAGCCACCUCGGCGGAGCCUCUUUCUCCGGAACACCCCUCCUCGGGCCCCGCCGAAAGUUUGGCUCUAGGGAAGGUAGGAGCGGCCACCCGGUGACUGGGGUCUCUGAUCUUCUGACCCAGGUUCCUGGGGAUGCCGGGGUGGAGGGAGUAGAAUGGAGAUGGGGAAGAUUUAUCGCGAUAUUUCCUAUCGCCCGCAGAUGCAGGAGGGGGCUGGCGGACUGGCCGGUCUUCCACUGGGGAGCCCGGCUGCCCCCUCCUUUCCUAGGUCCUCCUGCUUCUAUUUCUGAGAGGAUGGGACCCCUCGGCGAGCAGACACCCCUGCCCCUCCUGUCUCCACGGGGGGCCCAGGCAUGCCUCUCUCCCUCCCCCACAGCCCCCGUCUGCCCAGAAUUGCUCCGGAUGGCUUGAGGUGGGGAAGGAGGAGGCCUGGGGAUGGUGAAUUUGCCUGUAAAUAUUGUGGAAGCGUUGCCCCGCGCUUGCCCCUGGUCUUUGUCUCUCAGAGAGCCCCCCCACCCCCCGCCGUGCUGCCUCAGUCUCCAGGGCUCCCUGUCGCUGGGGGCGGGGGGCGGGUCUCCUGCUUGUCUCCCACUCCGUUCUUAAGCCUCCUUCUCUGGGCCUCUUGCAGUUUGCAUCUGUUCCUGAAACUCUAUAAUUUCUCUUCCUCCCCCUCUCCACUCUGUUCCAAGGUGCUAGUACUUGGAGAAGGAGCAUAAAGGCAGCUCUGUUAUAGCUUUUCGGUGGGGAGGUUUUCCCCGGGGUUUCCUGGUUUGGAGUUGGGGGUUGAGGUCUGAGAGCUGUCUUUGGAAUGAGGCAGGAAACAGGCCUGAGGUGAGACUUGGGACUUGGGAUCCAGAGUGUAGCUGGGUGGGGUUCAAGUUGAAGUCUUUGUGGGGGUGCUCUCUCCUGCUUCUGGUCUUCCCUGGGAGAUCUUGUUUGAUGGAGCUGUUGCCAUGGGAAUGGAGAGGGCCUGAACAGGAAGAGGUGACAUCUUCGUGCAGGUUGGAUGCCCACCCCACUCCUCCAGCCUCUGGCCCCCAGAGCAAGGCUGGGAGCUGCACUGCCUUUGUUGCUGGAAGACUUAUGUUAUAAUUUACCCUCGGUAGACCGGGGAUGCGCAGAAGGGUGGUGUGUGUUUGCAGCUCUGGUUUCAGGCAGGGAUGUCAGACUCUGUGCUCCUGGGGUGGGUGGGGGCGGCUUGUACAUCUGGCAAGCGUGGGCCUGGCUCUGGUCUGGCUCUAUGUGUGAUGGGGUGUGUCUGUGUGUGUGUCUGGCCAAGUGUCUGGCCUUGUGUGUUGUGAAUGUGAGAGAGAAAUGGAGGGGGUGUGUCUGGCUGUGUGUGCAUAUGUGUGUGUGUAUCUGGCAGUGUGUAUCUGUGUAUAUUUUGGACUUUUGUCUUUGUUUGAUCUUAGGAAGCUGAGAGGUGGGAAAGGGAGGGAAGGUAGGGUGAGCCUGUCUUCAGGAGACUAGAGGACUUUUUUGAUGCUGCUGGUGGGAGGCGCAGAUCCUCCACCCAAGGUCAAGGAUCAGGGAACAUUGAGAGUUUGACAGCGUCCCAGACAGACCUCCACCCCCUACUCUCCCUACACACACACAAAUACACAGGCUUGCACAACUGAACCCGAACUCCUGGGACCCAGUACAGUCUGGCUCACUGAGCUUGCACAGAGCCUGCUUCCAUAUCUGUAUCAGGAAAGUCGGGUGAGGCCAUUUGCCUCUGCCCCCUCUUUCUACUUCAAGGCGAGAAUGUGUGCUGUUGGUGAUGUUUUGGCCCAUAGGGCUCACUGAAUGGUCUUCUGUGGAACCUGGAGUCCUUCUACCUUCCGCCUGCCUGGAUGGAGUCAGGCCAGGCUUAUUGGUUCCUUAGAUGAGUAGGAAGCCCGGCCUGGGUGCCAGUGUGGAAAGAGCACUGGAACGGGAGUCAGGCUGCGUCUAGUCCUAGAACUGCCACUGAGUGACUGCAUGACCUGAGACAAGUCACUUCUUUCUGAGUUUCUUCAUCUGUAAAAUGAAAGGACUCGACAAGAUGCUUUCUAAUAAGAUUCCUUCCACCUCUGCCAUUCUAGAUGUCUGGAUGUGACCUUCAGUGACUCUUCCCAAGACUUGGAGAUUUUCUAGUGAGGGAGUUGGGUGAAUUUCAUGUGGAGGGAAAGCAGAGCAAAGAAUUCUGUAGCUGGGCAUCUGAAGGAGCAGAAGGGAACCUCUGGGUUAUCAGAGAUUGGCUAUUUCUGCAGUGGAAAAAGAAAAAAAACUAACGCUGAGAGAAGUCUAAAUUACGGGGGAGCUUCCAGAAAAAGACUGGUAAGAAUGGAGAGAUGGGGGGUGAUCUCUGUAAGUAGGGGGCUUUGAGAAUGGGGAAAGACACAAGCCAGGCUUGGGUGGCAAGGAGGAGUUGGGGCUGGGUGCUGAUCAAGCUCCUUUCCUGCCACUAUAGCUGAAACCCGGGGCACCAGGGGCCAGGAGCAAGGGCUGUUCCACCAUGAUGCCCUUGCAAAGACAGUGGUUUGGGGACAGAAGAUAUUGAAGGACUUGCCCCCCGGUUGGGGGAGGUAUUGUGGGUGGGAAACAGUGCUCGGGUCCACUGUGGGGAUGUGGUCAGUACUGACCUGUGAAAGCCUCCAGAGCUCCACAGGGCCACUUCCAAAUGGCCCUUGGUCUCCCUUUUUCUGCUUCUUGGGACUUGUCUCUCCCUCUCCUUCACCCUCAGGCUCUUCCCUACGGUGAUGGGAGCUGGAGGUCCAGCCAGUUGCAGCUGGGGAGGAGCUGAGUGUGAGGUGUGGGGCCCUGGGGCCUCAUGGGGGGAGAGAGAUGGUGAGUGGGUGAGGGAACAGAGCUCCUGUUUACAGUUGUUCUUGGUACCUGCUGGCAGGGCCCUGCAGGUAACCAUGGCAAUCAGGUGAGGAACCAAUCAGUGCUUCUCCCCACCCCCAGAGGUCUGAGGCCCCUGGGGAUGGGGCAGGGGGAGCAGGGAGUGUGGCAAGGGGGCUCAUUUCUUAAAGGGAGAAGGAGGAGCAUUUCAUCCAGUACGCACCACAGCUCUCGCCUUCACCCGUGCAUCCAGAACAGAGCUUGAGGGGUAGUCUUGGUCUGAGCGCUUGCAGAAGUGAGAGGGUGAGGGUCACGGCCAUUUGCUUAGGAGCUCUCGCAUGUUGAGGCCACAGUUGGCCUGGAAGGAACUGCAUGAGAGUUCUUAAAAGCAAGUGUCUGUUUUGAAAACACAGUGAGUAUGUGAAUGAGGUGGCUAAGGCAGUGUGAAGCGAGCGUGUGUGUGUGUGUGUGUGUGUGAGAGAGAGAGAGUGUGUGUGAGAGACAGAAAAGAAGGCAUGAGAUUUGCCAAUAGCAACCAGGACCCUCAUACAUUAUCAGACCCCCAAACGUUUUGUUUCUGGCUGUGCACACACACCCUGAGAUUCAUCUGGACAAGGCGCACACAUGGGGCAAGUAGUCACAUGAGGUACCGUUGGAGGUCCAGCAGCAUGUACGCAUCUGAUGGAGAUUACACACGCUCAGCGAGUCAGCCACUUGGAGUUUGUUCCCUCCUCCGGAUGGUUGUAAUAAUAUUUGGGCAUCUUGCCAGGGGUUACUAUGGGAACGACCAAACAGUGUAGUAGCCAGCAAGGCUUCUACAUAAUUAUGAAGAGGGGACCCGUUCAGGGAGAGCUGGCUGAGGGGAGGCGGGAACCCCUUUCCUUCCUCGGGCCAUGUCUGCAGGUCUUGGCCGCCGCGUCUCCACUGGCUCUGGGCUUGCUUGUUCCUCUCCGUCUGCCCUGCAACUUGGUGUCUCUCUCACAUGUGGCCUUUGUGUCUCUCCAUCUCUUUCGGUCUCUGGCCAGCCUCUGUUGGCUGUUUGGGUCUUGGCCAAACUCAUUCUGGGGUCUCUAUAGAAACUGCUGAUUCCCAGCUGUGAAUUUUGGGUCCUAGAAAACCCAGUGUGUUGGCUUUAGAAAUCUUUCUGGAAAGGAGAGAAGGAUGUAUGUUGUAAAAGAGCUGUCGGGACUUGGCCGCCCUCCCCAGCCCUGCCCCUUGGGCUUCUACUCUGGGAAAGAGGAGGGAGGUACCAUUGCUCCUGGGCGCAGGCUGGAUUUCUACACCAAGAAGUAAGCACGUCAGCCAGUCCAGACCUGGGCUGUGCCUUUCCUCCCAGGACCCCGCCGGGGCCUGGCUGGGCACUCGGUGGGCUGUGGGGAGAACUUUCUGCAUAGCUUUGGCAGGCAUCUCUGAGAGCCUGUGGUCUGUCACCGGGCAGCUUGUGGCCGGCUUGCAGACAGGAUACGGCGGGUGGGUAGCAGUGCCCACGUGGGGAGAUUCCUGCGCGCCUGGGAGGGGCAGCGUGCAGCAGGCUCUUUGUCGGGGCACGUGGUGGCCUUCCUGUGGAAGGGGCAGUAGCAGUCUUUUUGCCCAGACUUUGCAGUUAACCUGCAGAGUCCAGGGCUGGGCCAGGGGGCGGGUUGGAGCCGUGUGUUCCCAACUUUGGGCGCAUAAGGACCAUCCUCAGUACUUCCUGCUUGAGCACCAGGCCUAGAGCCUGCAUGGUCAACAUAUGGUGCAUUUCCAGGGAGCUGCUCCGGGGCUGGGGCUGGAUGCAGCAGUGCAAGGAUGAGUUAUGGGGUGCCCCCUUCAGCCUUAGGGCAGAUGUGCCCCCAGUGUUUCCAGGGAACGCGUCCUGGAGAAGGAGUGAUGGGAUGGAAGGACGGUAGGAUGGAUUAGAAAGACCCAGUCAGGAGUCUGAGUUUCCUCAUAGUUCCUAGUGAGUUCACUUGAGUGAAUAUGGACUGGGAUCAGGGAUUUUUUAAAACUCCAUUCUCUUCCAUUUUCAUGCCUCCCCACAUCCUCUGGAGAGUUGAGUAGUACUUCCUGUGGUCUAACCUCAGUCUUUCUGCUGUCCUGAGAUAGAACCUGACCUUGUUGCUCAAGGUCGUGAGAUCUCCAGAGCCCCUGGCACCCAGUGAACACUCACAGGGGGUCAGAAAGAACCAUCCCCACAUGUGCACCCUGUCCGGCCUUAAAGGGAAAGGAAGGGCCUUGGGCCCAGGAGCGGUGUCGCUUGUGGGGCAGGUGGAGUAGAGUGUGGGAGGGGCUCUUGGCUCUGUGGGUUCCUGAUUCCAUGUUUGUUUCCCAGGGUGACGCUCCCCAGUCCCCUGCCCCCCACCCCGGCAUCAUGCAUCGGACCACACGGAUUAAAAUCACAGAGCUGAACCCUCACCUCAUGUGUGCCCUCUGUGGGGGGUACUUCAUCGAUGCCACUACCAUCGUGGAGUGCUUGCAUUCCUUCUGCAAAACCUGCAUUGUGCGCUACCUGGAGACCAACAAGUACUGCCCCAUGUGCGACGUACAGGUCCACAAAACCCGGCCGCUGCUGAGCAUCAGAUCUGACAAAACCCUUCAAGACAUCGUCUACAAAUUGGUCCCUGGGCUUUUUAAAGAUGAGAUGAAACGGAGGCGGGAUUUCUACGCAGCCUACCCCCUGACAGAAGUUCCCAAUGGCUCCAACGAGGACCGUGGUGAGGUUCUGGAACAGGAGAAGGGGGCUCUGAGCGACGAUGAGAUCGUCAGCCUCUCCAUCGAGUUCUAUGAAGGCGUCAGGGACCGGGAAGAGAAGAAGGGCCCCCUGGAAAAUGGGGAUGGUGACAAGGAGAAAACAGGGGUGCGCUUCCUGCGGUGCCCAGCAGCCAUGACGGUCAUGCAUCUCGCCAAGUUUCUCCGCAACAAGAUGGACGUGCCCAGCAAGUACAAGGUUGAGGUUCUCUAUGAGGACGAGCCGCUGAAGGAAUACUACACCCUCAUGGACAUCGCCUACAUCUACCCCUGGCGGCGGAAUGGCCCUCUCCCCCUCAAGUAUCGCGUCCAGCCAGCCUGCAAGCGGCUCACCUUGCCCACAGCGCCCACCCCCUCCGAGGGCACCAAUACCAGCGGGGCGUCUGAGUGUGAGUCAGUCAGCGACAAGGCUCCCAGCCCUGCCACCCUGCCGGCCACCUCCUCCUCCCUGCCCAGCCCAGCUACCCCCUCCCAUGGCUCUCCCAGCUCCCAUGGCCCCUCGGCCCCCCACCCGACCUCCCCCACGCCCCCCGCCACAGCCAGUGGGGCCACCACAGCUGCCAACGGGGGCACCUCGAACUGCCUGCAGACACCGCCUUCCACCAGCAGGGGGCGCAAGAUGACUGUCAACGGAGCUCCCGUGCCCCCCUUAACUUGAGGAAAGGGACCCUCUCCCUCCUUUUCCAGCUAUGCCUCUCCACCCCUCCACUUUUUCUGGGCCCCCUUUUCCACCUCUUCUACUUUCCCCAGCUCCCCCCACCUUAGGGGUCGGGGAUGGGUUUUAUAAAUAAAUCUAUGUAUAUAUGUACAUAGGAAAAACCAAAUAUACAUACUUAUUUUCUGUGGAGCAACCAGAUUAACUUAAAUGCCACAGGAAGCAAACUUGAUGUGUGUGUGUAUGCGUGGGGGAUGGGGUGCUCAAUUUUAGGCGGUCUUGUGUAAUUUGCUCUGCUCUUUUUGGGGGUGCCUAGAGGUGGAUUGGUGGGGCCACUUGAGGCUCGGUGAAGCCCUGCCCCAUUCUCCUUCUGUUUCCCAAGGCAUAUGCGGUGUUGGAGGGGCCCCCACCAACCCCCAAAGCUUUAGGCAUGACUCGAACUGGCUGUGUAUGAGGUCCACCCUGCUUCUCUCCCCAUCUUGGCUGCUGUCCUGCCCUGACCCUGACCAGUACCCUCCCCCCCACCAUUGUUGAAUGUCCAGAGAAUUGCUAAGACAGUGCCUUUCACAAACGCAGCCUAUCCCCUGGUUCUGAGGAGCAAGUGGGCAGUGGAGAGGGCAUCUCCCUUACCUCCUCCUCUUGCAGUAGAAACUUUGUGUAAUAGAUAGUUCUGCCUUUUUUUUUUCCCUGUGUGUGUGGCCUUUGCAUCAUUUAUCUUGUGGAAAAGAAGACUGAGGCCACAGAAGACCUCAGCCCUUGAACUUCCACUGUGGUGUCAGCAUUGUAAACCGCUUCACCCCCUUCUUCCACGCCCCCCACCCAGGAGCCCGCACUAGCAAGGCGGAUGGGGAAGUCUCACCUCGGGGCCUGUAGUGGAGAGGUGGAAGGGGGGGUGUUGACCUCAGAUAAGCACAGACCCCAGAUUUUGCCAAAGGCAAACAGUCCUCCAGUGCCCUCCCCACCCGCAGCUGAGGCCAAGUCAGGAAAGAACAACAGGCAUCUAAAAGCACAAGAAGACAGAACCUGUGAGAUCUGACCUCAGCUCCAUCCCAAGAAGUCAAGUGGUCUUCCCCCUGAGGGGCAGACCCCAACAGACCCCUGCCUACCAGUUUUUCCUCCAAUGGACAUAGGUCAGAUCGGGACGAGGGGAGGAGGCAAGACUAUCACAGCCUAUGUGUUUGGGGUCAGGUGUCCCCCAGUGGGUUUGUCUGUGUUCACGCCUCGUCCUGUGUCUGAGGUGCCAUGGCUGUAUCCUCCUCCUGGGACAUCUGUAUCUCCUGGCUUUGUAAUAAAUGCUGCGUACUCUC